AUGAAGUUAAGUCCACGAGAAGAAGAUCAUUUGAUUCUGCAUAUGGCGGGAAUUGUCGCACAGAAACGAUUGGCGCGCGGACUUCGUCUCAAUUACAGUGAAAGUGUGGCACUCAUAGCGACUCAAGUGCUUGAGCUAAUUCGAGAUGGAAAGACAGUAGCAGAGCUUAUGAUGCUUGGAGCUCAAAUGCUUGGUCGACGUCAAGUUAUGGAAGGAGUUGCUGCGAUGAUGGAUGAAAUUCAAGUCGAAGGAACGUUUCCAGAUGGUACGAAACUCGUGACUAUUCACAAUCCAAUCUCAAGUCUGAAUGGGAAUUUAUCGCUGGCAUUGUACGGAUCGUUUCUACCAGUUCCCAAUCUUGAGAUCUUUGGGCCAGUAGACACGACUCAGACGAUUGUACCAGGAGAGAUUAUCACCCCAGAUACAAACAUUAUUCUCAAUGUAGGUCGUGAGACGCGCGUUCUUCAGCUCACGAAUCUAUCAGAUCGACCAAUUCAAGUAGGAAGUCACUAUCAUCUUAUUGAAGCGAAUCCGUACUUGGAAAUGGAUCGAAUAGUCGCUUAUGGCCAUCGUUUGAACAUUCCAGCAGGUACAGCCGUGCGAUUUGAGCCAGGAGAUCAAAAGACCGUCUCGAUUGUUCCAAUUGCAGGUAAUCGAGUCAUUUGUGGUGGAAAUAACUUGGCAACAGGCGUUGUGGAUACACUCAAGGUCGAUACAAUCGUCGCGAAUGCCGUAGCGCAAGGUUUUCACCAUCGUAAACUUGAUUGGACUAAGGUACCGGAUUAUGCCACUAAACCGAAGUUUGGGAUUUGUCAAAUGUCUCGAAGUGUAUAUGCUCAAACAUAUGGACCGACCACCAAUGACAAAGUUCGACUUGGUGAUACGGACCUUAUAAUUCAUGUUGACUAUGAUUUGACAGUAUAUGGUGAUGAGUGUAAAUUUGGGGGUGGCAAAGUCUUACGGGAAGGAAUGGGGCAAGCUUCUCGUAAAUUGUCAGAUUACGUCGUUGACACUAUCAUUACAAAUGCUUUAAUAGUCGACUAUACAGGUAUUUACAAAGCAGACGUUGGAGUGAAAAAUGGACUCAUUUGCGCCAUUGGAAAAGGUGGAAAUCCGGAUGUGAUGGAGAAUGUGACACCAAAUUUAAUUGUUGGGACUCAUACUGAAGUAAUUGCAGGUGAAGGAUUAAUUCUUACAGCUGGUGGUUUUGAUGCCCACGUGCAUUUCAUCUGUCCACAAUUAUGUACUGAAGCACUUGCGAGUGGUCUCACGACACUAGUUGGUGGUGGAACCGGUCCGGCAACAGGUACAAAAGCUACAACUUGUACUCCCGGUCCAAAUCAUAUCAAAAUGAUGCUUGUAGCCACGGAUUCUUGUCCAAUCAAUAUUGGUAUUACAAGUAAAGGUAAUACAUGCGUUCAAGAUGAUUUACAAGAGACAAUCGAUGCUGGUGCCGUCGGUAUGAAAUUACAUGAAGAUUAUGGGACAACCCCUGCUGUUAUUGACAUUUGUCUUAGUCUUGCGGAAAAGAAUGAUGUUCAAGUGACAAUUCAUACGGAUACCUUAAAUGAAUCGGGUUGUGUCGAACACACAAUUCGCUCCUUUCGAGAUCGAACAAUUCAUACAUAUCAUAGUGAAGGAGCUGGUGGAGGUCAUGCACCUGAUAUUUUAACCGUUUGUUCUCAACUAUCUGUCUUACCUUCAUCCACGAAUCCAACUCGUCCAUAUACACGCAACACGAUUGAAGAACAUAUUGAUAUGUUAUUAGUUUGCCACCAUUUAGAUGCAAAAUGUGCAGAAGAUGUUGCCUUUGCUGAAUCUCGCAUUCGUGGUGAAACCAUUGGAGCUGAAGAUGUGUUACAUGAUCUUGGAGCAAUUAGUAUCAUAUCAUCCGAUUCUCAAGCUAUGGGAAGAAUUGGAGAAGUUAUAACACGUACAUGGCAAACAGCAGAUAAAAUGAAGAAAGAACGAGGAAUAUUACCAGAAGAUGCGGCUUCAAAUCCGGGUUGUGAUAACUUUCGAGUUCGACGGUAUAUUGCAAAAUACACGAUCAAUCCAGCAAUUGCACAUGGAAUGUCUCAUUUGAUCGGAUCGAUUGAAGUGAAUAAACUGGCGGAUCUUUGUCUUUGGAAACCCUGUUUUUUUGGAAGUAAACCUGAAUUGAUUUUAAAAGGGGGGAUCAUUGUUUUUGCUCAAAUGGGUGAUAUAAAUGCAUCGAUUCCGACGCCCCAACCAGUAAAAAUGCGUCCAAUGUUUGGAGGUUUAAAUCCCUCAGUGAUUGGACUUGGUUCAAUUUCCUUUGUCAGUCAAAGUUGUCUUGAAAAGAAGAUUGCACAGACGUAUGGAUUAAAAAAACGACUUGAAGCCGUUCGUAAAUGUCGUGGAAUCACGAAAAAAGACAUGAAACUGAAUGAUGCAUUACCAAGAUUAAAAGUAGAUCCAGAGACGUAUCGAGUCCAUGCAGAUGGACAAUUACUCACGUGUCGACCAGCUUCUUGCUUACCGCUUGCACAACGUUAUUUUCUAUUUUAA